AUGAGCUGUGCCGGCCGCGGCAGCGGCGCCCGUGGGACGAGCGAGUGCGCCUUCGUGCGCGGCGUCUGCGCCGCCGCCGUCAAGGGGAACUUGCGGGACCUGAGGAAUCCCGGCGUCGCGUCUCGCUUCACCCCUUCCGUUGUCACCCACGUGCUCCUCCACCUCUCCCGUGCCGGCGCCGGCUCAUCCGUCCCCUGGUCCUUCUUCAGAUGGCUGCAGUCUCUCCCCAGAUACAGCCACUCCCUCCACGCCAACUGGACCAUGGUCCGCCUCCUUGUCCGGCACCGGCAGUUCAGAACCGCCAGGGAACUCCUCGGGCGUUUCGCCUCCAAGGACUUCCUCUCCUCCCCGUCCGUCCUGAAAGCUCUGGUCUGCGAUCGACGAGGAACUGAGGGGCAAGAUCUCCUUGUGGACGCCCGGAUCCUCAGCUGGAUGGUGAUCAUGUACGCCCAGUCGAAGAGCCCCCAAGAAGCCCUGCAGGUAUUCGAGGUGAUGAGAACCAGCGGGCUCGUCCCGGACGCCCAUGCCUGCAGCGCCCUCCUCAGCUCCCUGGUGAAGGCGGGCCUCACCGCCACCGCCUGGAAGAUGUUCGAAGAAAUGCGUUCCUCUUUCGUCGUCCCCAACCGGCACAUCUUCAACGUCAUGAUCCAUGCCUGCUGCAGGUCGGGGGAACCCGAGAGAGCCAAGGCCCUGGUGGGCGAGAUGCGGAGGAAGGGCGUCCCCCCGGACUUGUUCUCCUACAACACACUGAUCUCUCUCUUCUCCAAGAAGGGCAUGCAGUACGAGGUCAUGGCCAUCCAGACGGCGAUGCAAGAACAGGGAGUCUCCCCAGAUGUCGUCACCUUCAACUCCCUCCUUCACGGGCUCUGCAGAGAAGGCCGGAUGAAGGAGGCCAUGAGGAUCUUCAGGGAGAUGAAGGGGGCGGAGCCCAACCAGGUGACCUUCACCACCCUCAUCGACGGGUGUUGCAGAGCCGGCGAUGUAGACGGAGCCUUCGCGCUGCGGGAAGAAAUGGAGGCCCGGGGGGUCCCCCUCUGCGCGGCUGCCUACAACGCCAUCAUCCGGAAGCUCUGCGAGCAGGGGAAGAUGAGGGCGGCCAACAGUCUCUUGAACGAGAUGGACGGUAGGAAGGUGGAAGCGGACUGCGUCACCUGCAAUACCCUAAUCAACGCCUACUGCAAGAAGGGGGACGUGGGCUUCGCCUGGAAGCUGAGGAACAAGAUGGUGGAGUCCGGCAUGGCCCUCGACCAGUUCACCUUCAAGGCUCUCAUCCAUGGAUUCUGCAGGGUGAAGCAGCUGGACCAGGCCAAGGAGGUGCUCAACGAGAUGAUCGACGCUGGGUUUUCUCCAAACUACGCCACCUAUUCUUGGGUUGUCGACGGCUACUGCAACAAGGGCGAGGAAGAGGAAGUUCUGAAAAUCCCCCAGGAGCUAUCGGAGAGAGGCUUCCCCGCGGAGAAGUCUCUCUACAGGGCGAUUAUAAGGAGGCUCUGCAAGCGAAGGCUGGUGAGCUGCGCAGAGAGAGUGUUCUAUCUCAUGAGAGAGAGAGGAUUUCACGACGACAGCCUGGUCUGCGCCAGCCUAGCCUAUGCUUACCUUGCCGCAGGGAAGCCCGCCGCAGCCGAGGCCUUGCUCGAGGCCAUGGCCGGGAAGAAGAUGGCGAUAACGCCGAAGAUAUACAGUUCAUUGGCGGCCUCCCAUGCCGACGGCGGCGGCACGCUGGAGCUGCUGUGGAGCUGCGCCGCUGAGAAAGGGCUGCUUGGUACGAAGGUCUCAAUGAUGAUCCAGCAGUCGAAGCCCAGCUGCGUUAGCCUUUCCAACGGGAGAAUCCAUGGCCCUCCGUGA